UUUGCUUUUGGCGCGUUCGCGAACACUAGCGAUCCAGUGAUUUCCUGAUCAGUUCCAUGAUGUGGCCUUCUCAAACAUGGCAAAAGUUGAGUGACACUAAUUGGUCAAACUUGACCCUUCAUCUUGAGACGUCCCUUACCAACGCACUGAAUCACUUCCUGGAUAACUGGAGGCGCAACGUGACUGCUGCAAGCAACUCUCUGGACAAGACUCUGGCUGAGGAGAACUUCAGGGACGUGAUCUGGUAUCUCGCCGUGAUGAUCGGCAUGUUUGCCUUCAUUAUUGUGGCCAUGCUGGUGAACACAGUCAAAUCUAAAAGGAGGGAGCACUCUAAUGACCCCUACCACCAAUACAUCAAGGAGGACUGGACUGCUCAAAAACAGCAGGGCGAUAUCAUAGCUAAUUUUGAGGCUAGAUAAUGAGGGCAGAAUGAGGUCACAGCAGAGAUUUGCUGUGAAGACCAGCAGAAAAAAAAGUCAUAUAAAAAAAGAACCAUCAUUAAUCAGUUACCAUUACUAAUGAGCACAACAGCAGAUUUUGCAAAGUUAUUUCUUGAUGUCCCACUGCUAACCUGUUAGAUGAGCUUCUGAAGGACAGCUUAUAUGUAGAUGUAUAACAAUGCAAUACUGGAA